AUGAAAAUCUCCGAGCUGCCUGGAGAUGAAGAAUCCGGUUUAACAUGCCGUACAUAUGUUUUCCAAAAUGAAAGCCAUACUUUGGGAAACGCUUUGAAGUGUAUAAUAAAUAGAUAUGAAGAUGUGCAGUUUUGUGGCUACACUGUACCACAUCCAGCUGAAGCUAAAAUGCACUUCCGAAUACAAACUCAUGAAACACCAGCUCUUGAUAUAUUAAAACGAGGCCUUAAGGAUUUACAAAAAGUGUGCGACCAUACCAUAGAUUUAUUUGAAAAAGAAGUAAAAGAUUAUAGUAAAACUUACAUCUCAUUUUAUUUUAUCCUUUAUCACCUCCAGGUACAUUUC